AUGAAUAAUCAGUAUUCAGAUUCUAGUUCAUCUUCAUUGAAUCGAAAAUGUCUUUGGUGUUCUCAAACAAAUAUUGAUCGUGGAAAAUUAAUUAAUUGUGGACAUAUUAUUUGUAAUACAUGUAUUUUAAAUGAUAAAAUAUGUCAUUCAACUUGUCCAUUUUGUUGGUAUAAACAUGCUGAACAAUUUAUACGUGAUAAUAAAAUCUGUUCUGUUUGUUGUAGUGCUAUAAAUUCCAAUGAUCAUCCAUCUUUAUGUCCAAAUCAUCAUAAUCGUUGUUCACAAUGUUUUUCACAAGGAUGUAUUUUGUGUCAAUUUCGUAAAUUCAAUUCUGCAAAUAGAAAUCUUCUUAAUGAUCUUUCAUCAAAAGAGCAACGUACUCUGUAUACAUGUCGAACGUGGGUAAUGAAAUUUGAAGAAAUUCAAAAAUCCAAGAUAAAUAAUAUAGCAAUGAUUCAAUCUAAUGAAAAACCGGAUGUAAUUGAACUAUCGGAAUCAGAUUUUGAUCCUGAACAACAAUCACUUAUAGGUGUAAAACCAUCAAAAGUUAAAAAACCUAAUAAUUCAAAACCAGAAGAAUCUGGUGAUUGUAUGAUAUGUUUAGAACCUUUAGGUUCACAUUAUCGUAAACUUCAUGUUUGUGGUCAUUCUUUUCAUAAAGUAUGUAUUGAUCAAUGGUUUCAAUCUAAUGGAAUACAAUCAUGUCCAAGUUGUGGAUAUGUUUAUGGAAUUUCUCAAGGUCCUCAACCUCCUAAUGGUCAUAUGACAACUAAACAUAUUCCAGUACGUUUACCUGGAUUUGAAAAUGAACGAUAUGAAAAUCCUGGAUUACCAACAAUUGAAAUAACUUAUUCAUUUCAACCUGGUCUUCAAGGACCUCUUAAUCCAUCUCCUGGUAAACCUUAUAGUGGAACAACACGUAAAGCUUAUUUACCAAAUAUAAAAGAAGGAAGAGACAUUUUAGAUCUUUUAAAAAAAGCAUUCAGAGAUCAACAUAUAUUUACAAUAGGAAGAUCAACAACAACUGGUCAAGAGAAUGUUAUUACAUGGAAUGAUAUUCAUCAUAAAACAAGUAUCAGUGGAGGACCGGAUCGUUUUGGUUAUCCUGAUCCAACAUAUUUAAAUCGUGUUCGUCAAGAACUUGCCGAUAAAGGAUAUAAAUAA